AUGACAGAGUUAGUUGCAAUAGAUGAAGUGGAGUUAUCUCACCAACCCACGUCCAGUUUCAGAAGCAACUCAGUCUUGAAUGGUGAAAAUGAUGAACAUAUCGAUGAAGAAUGUGCUUUGCAGUGGGCUGCUAUUGAGAGAUUGCCAACCUUUGAAAGGAUAAGGUCAUCUUUGUUUGAUGUGAAUGAUGGAAAUGAGGCCAAAACUAAUGCAAAAAGGGUGGUUGAUGUUACUAAGCUUGGAGCUCAGGAGAGGCAUUUGUUCAUUGAGAAGCUUAUUAGACAUAUUGAGAAUGACAACCUCAAAUUGCUGCGGAAAAUCAGAAAAAGAAUGGACAAAGUAGGUGUAAAAUUUCCGACAGUGGAAGUAAGAUACAAAAAUGUAAGCGUUGAGGCAGAGUGUGAAGUUGUAUAUGGGAAGCCACUCCCUACUCUAUGGAAUACUAUGAAAAGGAGCAUUUUGGAUCUUGCGAGGCUUCCAGGUUUAAAGCCACGAACGUCUAAGAUCAGCAUCAUUGGUGGUGUCAGCGGUGUAAUCAAGCCUGGAAGAAUGACUCUACUUCUUGGUCCUCCAGGUUGUGGGAAGACCUCGCUGUUGAAGGCUCUCUCAGGAAAUCUUAACAAGUCUCUCAAGGUCUCAGGGGAGGUUUCUUACAAUGGCUACAAAUUAACAGAGCUUGUGCCUCAAAAAACUUCUGCUUAUAUAAGCCAAUAUGACUCUCAUAUCCCUGAAAUGACUGUUAGGGAAACACUCGAUUUCUCCUCUCGCUGUCAAGGAAUUGGAAGAAGAGGAGAGAUUAUGAUUGAGCUGAGUCAAAGGGAGAAAGAGGCAGGAGUUCUUCCUGAUCCAGAUAUAGACACCUACAUGAAGGCAAUCUCAGUGGAGGGACAAAAGAGAACACUGCAGACAGAUUACAUUCUAAAAAUACUCGGGCUUGAUAUCUGUGCCGAUACACUUGUUGGAGAUGCCCUUAGAAGAGGCAUCUCUGGUGGUGAAAAGAAAAGGUUGACAACAGGGGAGAUGACUGUUGGGCCUCCUAAAACUUUAUUUAUGGAUGAGAUAUCAAAUGGCUUAGAUAGUUCGACCACCCAUCAGAUUAUAGCUUGCCUUCAGCAUCUAGCACAUAUUACAAAUGCUACGAUACUUGUUUCGCUUCUUCAGCCAGCUCCAGAAACAUUCGAUCUAUUUGAUGACCUCAUUUUGAUGGCUGAGGGGAAGAUUGUAUAUCACGGACCUACAGACAAUGUUCUUGAAUUUUUUGAGAGCUGCGGAUUUAUUUGUCCUGAAAGAAAAGGUGUAGCAGAUUUCCUUCAGGAAGUUAUUUCAGAAAAAGAUCAAGCACAAUAUUGGAAUGGCAGCAAAGAGACUUACAGCUAUAGUUCUGUCGAUACGUUAUCAAGGGCUUUUCAGCAGUCUGACUGUGGGAAAAAGCUUAGCACACUGCUUUCUGCUCCAUUUGAGAGUUCCCAGCACAGUAAAGAUGCAAUUAAUCUUAGUGCAUAUUCUCUUCCUAAAUGGACACUCUUUAGAGCUUGUAUAUCAAGGGAACUUCUUCUGAUGAAGAGGAACUAUUCGGUUUAUGUUCACAGAACUGUCCAGCUUUUCCUAAUUGCCUUUAUGACUAUGACCCUAUUUUUGCGGAGAACAACAGAUUUUGAUCUUCCUCAUGCAAAUUAUUUUAUGGGAGCUCUUUUCUUUUCUCUUAUUAUGCUUGUGGUUGAUGGACUCCCAGAGCUGCCAAUGACAGUUGCAAGACUACCAAUUUUCUAUAAACAGAGAGAUUUGUAUUUCUACCCAGCUUGGGCAUAUGCUAUUCCAUCUGCCAUACUAAAGAUUCCUAUUUCAUUGUUGGAAGCUACAGUUUGGACAUGCAUAACGUACUAUGGCAUUGGAUAUUGUCCUGAGAUAGGAAGGUUCUUCGGCCAGGUAGUUCUAUUGUUUGCUGUUCACUUCACAUCAAUAUCCAUGUACCGCUUCUUGGCAUCUGUCUGUCGCACCAUGGUGGCUGCCUCAUUCGCUGGUGUCUUGUCAAUGUUGUUGCUCUCCAUAUUUAGUGGCUUUCUAAUCCCGAGAUCCUCUAUGCCAAAUUGGAUAAAAUGGGGAUUUUGGUUUUCUCCAAUGACAUAUGGUGAGAUUGGUCUUGCCGUAAAUGAAUUUCUUGCCCCACGAUGGCAAAAGAUGCUUCCAUCAAAUACUACAGUGGGAAGAGAAACACUUGAAGCACAUGGUUUAAACUUUGACAAACAAUUUUUCUGGAUUUCAAUUGGCGCACUGUUUGGGUUUACAGUGCUUUUCAAUAUUGGCUUCACCUUGGCCCUAACUUUCUUACCUCCUGCUGGUACUCGUGCCAUUAUUUCCGGUGAUAAGUUCCCUCGAACACAAAGUAAAAAGUCCACCAGCACAUCACAUGAGGAAAUGUUGAGAAAAUCUUCUACUACUAUCACAGAAUCUCAUAAAGGUGCAGGGAAAAUAAUUUUGCCUUUUGAACCCCUGACUGUUGUAUUUCAGGAUUUGCAGUAUUAUGUUGAGAUCCCUACGGAAGUGAAGGAGCAUGGCUACAGAAAGAAAAGGCUUCAGCUUCUUUGUGAUAUUACAGGCGCACUUAAACCUGGUGUUCUGACAGCACUAAUGGGUGUCACUGGAGCUGGAAAAACUACUCUUCUUGAUGUACUUUCUGGCAGAAAAACUAGAGGCAUUGUUGAAGGAGAAAUAAAGAUUGGAGGGUUCCCCAAAUUUCAACAGACAUUUGCUCGUAUCUCGGGUUACUGUGAGCAAAUCGACAUACAUUCUCCCCAAAUUACAAUAGAAGAAUCAGUUAUUUUUUCUGCUUGGCUACGCCUUCAUCCUCAGAUUAAUCCACAAACAAAAUUUGAUUUCGUGAAAGAAGUGCUUGAGACCGUUGAACUUGAUAGAAUCAAAGAUAAUUUGGUAGGCAUCCCAGGGGUCAGCGGUUUGUCAACAGAGCAGCGCAAGCGGCUCACAAUUGCUGUGGAGCUGGUUGCUAACCCAUCCAUUAUUUUCCUAGAUGAACCUACGACAGGAUUAGAUGCAAGAGCAGCUGCUAUUGUCAUGCGGGCUGUAAAGAAUGUGGCUGAUACAGGGAGAACAAUUGUUUGCACUAUCCACCAACCAAGUAUUGACAUCUUUGAAGCAUUUGACGAGUUAAUUCUUCUGAAAUCUGGGGGACGCAUGAUCUAUUAUGGACCACUAGGUUGGAAUUCUUGUAAAGUUAUUGAAUACUUUGAGGGUAUCCCAGGCGUCCCAAAAAUAAGAGAUAAUUAUAAUCCGGCUACAUGGGUUUUGGAGGUCACUUCUACAUCAUCAGAAGCUGAACUUGGUGUAGACUUUGCUGAGAUAUACCAACAUUCAGCCUUGUAUAUGAAUAAUAAAGAACUAGUGGCAAGGCUGGGUUCUCCACCUCUUGGGUCUAAAGCUCUGGAAUUCCCUACCAGCUUUUCACAAAACAUUUGGGGACAAUUCAAAGCUUGCCUCUGGAAACAAUACUGGUCUUACUGGAGAAGCCCUUCGUACAACUUGAUGCGCUUCUUGCACAUUUUCGCAGUUUCUAUGAUUUUCGGGUUUUUGUUCUGGAAUCAGGGGCAGAAAAUGGAUAAUCAGCAAGGCUUAUUCAACGCGUUCGGUGCAAUGUACCUUGCUGUAUUCUUUGGUGGUGUAAAUAAUUGUUCUUCAGUUAUGCCAUAUGUCAGCACAGAGCGAAUAGUUCUUUACCGAGAAAGAUUUGCCGGAAUGUACACUUCAUGGGCUUAUGCACUUGCCCAGAUUGUUAUAGAGAUUCCCUAUAGCUUUGUCCAAGCGCUUGAAUUUACAGUCAUCACAUAUCCAAUGAUUGGAUAUUAUUGGUCAGCUUACAAGGUUUUUUGGUACUUCUAUUCGAUGUUCAAUGCCUUAUUGUACUUCAACUACAUUGGCAUGAUGAUAGUUGCAAUGACACCAAGCUUUCAAGUGGCUUCAAUCUUGUCAUCUGGUUUCUACACAGCAGCCAACCUCUUUGCUGGAUUCUUGAUUCCUCAACCGCAAAUCCCAAAGUGGUGGAUUUGGCUAUAUUACAUAACUCCUACAGCUUGGACAUUGAAUGGUAUGCUUACAUCACAAUAUGGAGAUAUCCAGAAGGAAAUUGAUGUGUUCGGAGACACUAAAACAAUAGCAGCUUUUUUAAGAGAUUACUAUGGGUUUCAUCACGAUCGAUUACCCCUUGUAGCUUUUAUAUCAAUCUUAUACCCUUUGACCUUUGCUGUUGUAUUUGCUUUUUGUAUUCAGAAUUUAAACUUCCAGAAGAGGUGA